AUAUUCAAGGCAAUUUUGUACUGAGUCCGCGAUAAUUUCGUAACAUGCACGUACGAGAGUAUUUACACAGUUUUCUUAUAAUCACCUCAUUUAAUUUUAACCAUGCUAACGACUGGACUGGUGACAAAGACAUAAAACAAUAUUUCGAACAAACUUCUGAAGACAUGAAGGCUUUUUUCGAAAAACAAAAGUACCGAGUCGAGAAGGCUCUCAACUCUGGUUAUAUGGAAGCGGUAAAAGUGACGGAUACAGUUAGCAACUUUGUUGAAAAUCAACAACGUAAAAUAAGCAUGGACAUCAACAGUUACGUCGAAAGUGUUAAGGAAAGUGGCAGAAAAGCUGCGGAUUCAUGGUCCUAUCUACCUACAGAAGAGCCGGGAGCUCGUAUGGAACAGCCAGACUUAAUAUCGUCAGUUCCAGCUACAAUUGUACGCAAUGGUUACAUUUGUGAGACACACACUGUCGUAUCUCAAGGGUACAUACUGAACAUACAUAGGAUACCGCAUCCUAAAGGAAACAAAAACGUGUCAAAGAAAACAAUACUAUUACAGCAUGGCUUGUUUGCUAGUUCAGCAGAUUGGAUUCUUAAUGGACCAGAAAAAGGGCUCGCGUACGUUCUAGCUGAUGCUGGUUAUGAUGUCUGGAUGUCCAAUGUGCGGGGAAACAAAUACUCGAGAGAACACGCCUGUCUUAAAACUAGUUCUAAAUCAUACUGGAAUUUUUCCUGGCAUGAUAUUGCUCUGUACGAUAUUCCUUCGAUCAUAGAUUAUAUUACUACUAUGAAGGGAGAUGCAGAAGUAACAUACAUUGGACAUUCCAUGGGCACAACCAUUAUAUUCGCGAUGCUGACAUUGAGACCGGAAUAUAACUCCAUAUUAAAGGCGGCCUUUGCACUAGCUCCGGUCGUAUUUUUGUCUGAUAUCAAAUCCCCUAUCAAAUCACUAGCGCCCAUUGCGAGUAACGUAGCUUAUAUGGAAAUGUUAUAUGGUUCGCAUGAGUUUUUACCGAAGAAAUCGGCACUAAGAAGAAUAUCAAGUUCCUGCGACGCGGAGAAUAUGGAAUCUUUAGCAUGUAAAAAUGUGAUUUUUUAUAUCUGUGGUUACAACGAGAAACAGUUUAAUAAGACGUUAUUACCUGUAUUUAUGAACAACUUGGGUACUGGUACGUCUUGGAAAACGGCCGUUCAUUUUGCGCAAGAGGUUAUGGCGGGUGGAAAAUUUCAACAGUUUGACUAUGGAUCGAACAACCAAAGAGUUUACGAUUCUGAUACCCCACUUGAAUACGACCUAAGUAAAAUAACACUGCCCGUCAUAUUGGUAUGGGCCGAAAAUGAUUUACUAUCGAGUGAGAAAGAUGUUAAAUCCUUGUAUGAGAAGUUGCCGCCAACGACAAAGAUAUAUAAAAUACCAGAUCCAAAUUUCAAUCAUUUAGACUACUUAUGGGCUAUAGAGGCUCCUAAAUUAUUAAAUGAUAAGGUAAUGGAAUAUUUAAAUGAUAUUUAUACAGAAUCAAGCGGAUUUUUCACUUUCCAUAUUGGUAAGUGAAUUGUUAUAAAUAAUCACAACAAUUGUACAUAAAAGUAUUGUUUCUUGUCUAUGAUGUGUAUGGUUUUUAUCCUAGCUCAUUCUUGUUUUGACAAUAUUAUUGUUUGCAUGCUACGAAUCUACACAUGAGUUUUUCUUAAGUUUAAUUUUUAAAGGGAUACACCAGAAACCUUUAUUAAGUAUAUUUUUUGCAAAUGUUAUAAAUAAGUAUUA